AUGUUGGCCGCCCAUGUUCCCGCCGCGCAGAAGAAAGCCAGCCGCGCCCGGCUGAUAUCAGACUCGUCGCGUGCCGAAUUUCGCAAGCUACGUCAGAUUGAAAUCGAGAAGGAACAGAAGCUCGAGGAAAUCGAGGCACUACAAAAGCUCAUGGACAGGUCCGAGCACGAGAACCUAGUCAAAACGUUGUCGUCCGUCAAGACGGAGUUCAGCGAUCUAGACGGCAUCAAAUGGACUCGGUUCCGGAGACAGCGGCCGACGCCUCUCAGUCGACUCAACACCGCGUCCGUUCCAACUCUAUCACUACACUCCUUCCCUUCGGCAUGCACUAAAUCUGAUGUGGCGGCCGACUUUGGGCCCAUCAAAGACCCCAGACAGCGAACCGGAUCCGAGGGAAAUACGUUCUCCCAUGACGACACGAUCCGAGUCUCUUCAGCGCGCUGGCGAUACCGAACCCAACUGCCCUCCUCAGGCCACUCGCCACUCAGCCAGACAUUUUCAGAAUCUCAGUCUAUUCUCUCAGCCCCACCGACUCCCUGUCACGACGUCUCUUCUUCGGAUCCCUCUGCAAACAGUAUCGUUCACUAUUUCAAGCCUAGCGAAAGCGAUCAGCAUACCGACUCCGACGAGGAAACCAUUUGCAUUCCUGUUCAGCAGCUCUCGGAUGCCCUUAGCAAGGUUGCAUCUGCAGCGCCGCACUCGGACGACAAUACCGAGACCAUUCGGGGUCUGCCAGUGGACCAAGGCACCAUUCGAGCGUAUUCGUCCCAGGCGAAGGCUGGCGAGAUCGAUGCAAGACCUUUGAUUGGAAGAGUGUUUUGUAGGGAAUAUGAGCGCAGCCCGGAUGGGAAGAGGAAGCCUGGCACGCCUGGCCGGUGGCAUGCCGUGGAAGGUCUCCGCGUCAAUCUUUCUUGA